AUGGCAAAUAAUCAGGUACAACUGCUAAGGAAUACAUAUGACGUCAUCCAGCGAACUGGUGAUAGCUUGCAACGAUCUAAUCAAAUUGCAUAUGAAACCGAACAGAUUGGAACUGAGGUUCUUUCAGAGUUGGGCGAGCAACGCGAAUCACUUCUGCGUUCUUCUCGUCGCCUUGAAAGCACGGAUGACAAUCUUUCACAAUCACGCAAAAUCAUACGGAAACUUCAACGGGAAGUUCUCUAUAAUAAAAUAAUUUUGAUAUUGGUGAUCAUUUUGGAAAUAUCAAUACUUAUAGGAUUAGUCGUAAUUAAGUUCAUUAGGAAAUAA